AUGGUCAUUUCCGUUCGUUUAUGUCUUUUCAUCCAUCUUUAUAAAUCCUAUCCCUUGUUCUUCUCUCUUAGAAAUGAUUUCAUCUCGUUGAGAAAUCACAGAAGCUUUCUUUUCCUCCUUCUCGUACGUUUCUUUCUUUUUCCUCGCCUCUUCUUUCACAUUUCUUCUUCAAAGCCAGUUAGCAGUUUCAUUCAUGUUUUUAUAAAAGUUUAUAAAAUCUGCCUCUCCUACGCAUUUCCCCCAGCUCUCUCCCAUCUUGCUUCCCCCUUCUUUCUCUCUAUCUCUCUCUCUCUCUCUCUCUCUCUCUCUCUCUCUCUCUCUCUCUUUCUGUUUAUGUAUGCUUACAUGAAAGGACGCAGUAGAAAGUUUAAUAGAUCCCCUCUCUCUCUCUCUCUCUCUCUCUCUCUCUCUCUUUCUCUAUCUAUCUAUCUCUAUCUCUCUCUCUCUGUGAUCGAUGAAAUGACAAACCUUUUAUAUGUAUUAAUUCUUUCUGUCUCCUCUCUCUCUCUCUCUCUCUCUCUCUAUCUAUCUAUCUAUCUAUCUAUCUAUAUACGAGGCUUUGUCUAUUCUUAUCUAUCUCUCGAUCUCACUCUGCUCAUCUAUCUAUCUAUCUAUCUAUCUAUCUAUCUAUCUAUCUCCUUACAUCCCUGA